UGCUUCCUCUCUUAUAAUCUUUGAUUUAUUAAUGUCGAAGAGAUUCAGAUUAAUCAGCGAAGAAGAAGAGGAAGAAGACAACAUGUCUUCCACCAUGUCAUUAGACAGCUUCAACAUAGCAAACGUUCUCAUGCUUCUCUCCAAGAGCCACCGCGCAGCCGCCGGAGAUACCUUCACCGCCUUCACCGUCGCUGGCGGCGAGGCGACCGAAGAGAAGGUGUUCGAGUGCAAAACCUGUAGCCGAAAGUUCACGACUUUUCAGGCUUUGGGGGGCCACAGGGCUAGCCACAAGAAGCCGAGGGUGGGCGGCGGCGCCGCCACCUCUGCCGCCGUGCCAGAGAAACCACGAGCGCACGAGUGCUCUAUCUGCGGACUUGAGUUCGCGAUCGGUCAAGCGCUGGGCGGGCAUAUGAGGAGACACCGGGCAGUGGGUCAAUCCGGGGGGCGGGAGAUGGAGAAGGGAUCGCCGGAGAUUGAUUUGAAUCAGCCGCCGUUGGAGAGGGGGGAGGAGGAGGAGGAGGAGGUCCGGCGUCUUCCUAAGUUGUUGGGAUUCACGUUGACUCCGGCCAUGGUUGACUGCUAUCCAUUGAUAUAUUGAACUGAGGAUUUUAUUUCUAUUCUAAU